AUGGACACCUCAGCGCAUAUCCGGGCCCUCAAACGCGCCCUCCGCGGAGACGUCCGCGCUCGUCUUAACGCACUGGCUCCCGAUGUCGUUAAGGACGAAUCACGCAAAGUCCUCACCCACCUCUUCAACCUGCGCGAGUACCGCCAGUCCGAAAGCGUCAGUGUCUACCUCACCAUGACCGGCGGCGUGUCGGCUGAGAUUGAGACGGAGGAGAUUGUGACGGAUUUGUUUAAGAGGGAAGACUUCCGAUCGCUACCGAAGAAUAAAUGGGGCAUCGCUGAACCGCCGUUGGAGGAAGCUAGGGAGAAUGCGCUCGAGAAAGACGGGCUCGAUCUUAUCAUCGUGCCAGGCUUGGCAUUCGACCGGGAGGGAUGGAGGUUGGGGCAUGGAAAGGGGUACUACGAUCGCUACUUUGCGAAGGUGGCGGAAUGGUCCGCAUUGGCGGGCAGGCCGAUUCCGAAGACAGUGGCGCUGGCGCUAGCCGAACAGAUCGUCGACACACCUCUCCCGCGCGAAGAUUUCGACCAGAAGCCCGAGGUUGUCAUCACACCCGCUGGUCCACUCAGCUCUGCUUCUACAUGA